AAAACAGCCUGCUUUACAGUAAAUUACUCAACUCUUCAAUAAAGAAUAAAUCAAUUCACUUGAUGCUGCGGCCGUGGCGAAUCACGUCACCUUAACUUGACCGCGUCGUACUCUCGUGAAGUGCGCAUGCGCACAGGCUGCUCAUUCAAGCUAGCAGCGCCCGACGCUCAAAUGAGCCUGGUUUAGUGCGAUCACCUCAGUUCAGCCCGAGACUCCCGCAGACGCGCGUCUCUUCCCGGACUCGCCGCGUAUUUGAAUGGUGACACACUGCAUGUGGAUUUACAAAGCACAUUUCUCAGCAGGAUUAUUAACUCAGUCAUUUACAACCUGUCAGGCGGACUUGAGUUCUCUGUGAGGAAUACAGUGGUUUCUUUCCAGUUUGAGGAAUGGGAUUAACGAGAUCGAAGAAAAGUUGGGAUUUGUAGGUCUGGUAAAAUGGAGAGAUAAAGCUCGUCUAACAGAGCUCACCAAGGUGGAAGCAGCGGUAAUUCACAACGAGAGGAAAUGCACAGAGCCUGGGUUCUCCUCGUUGUAAUAGAAGAGGGAUUUGCCCUGGCGCAGAAAAUUAAAGAGACGCAGAAUGCGGGUGAAUCUCUGUCUAACGCUGAGCAGUGCGGCCAGUGGACCCGGAAUAUCAAUGGAGGCCUGUUUACAUCUCCAAACUAUCCUAACUCCUAUCCGCCCAACAAGGAGUGUGUGUACAUCCUAGAAGCUCUCCCUCGACAGAGAAUUCAGCUGGCCUUUGACAAAACAUACUAUAUCGAGCCUUCCUUCGAGUGCCGCUUCGACCAUAUUGAGAUAAGGGAUGGUCCCUUUGGUUUCUCCCCUCUUAUUGAUCGCUUCUGUGGGCCAAAGAGUCCAGGCGUGGUCACCUCCACGGGCCGCUUCAUGUGGAUUAAAUUCACUAGCGACGAGGAGCUGGAAGGCUUAGGUUUCCGCGUCAAAUACACUUUUAUAGCAGACCCAGAUUUUCAUUUGCACGUCGGUGGAUUGCUAAAUCCAAUUCCAGAUUGCCAGUUUGAGAUCAGUGGUACAGACGGAGUCAUCCGCUCCAGUCAGGUGGAAGAAGAGGAUAAGGUCAAAAAUGGAGAUGCGUUGGACUGCAUCUGGACCAUCCGUGCCCCUCCGCAGUCCAAGAUAUACCUUCGCUUCCUCGAGUACCAGAUGGAGCACUCAAAUGAGUGCAAGAAGAACUUUGUGGCCGUGUAUGACGGCAGCAGCGCCAUUGAGAACCUGAAAGCGAAGUUCUGCAGCACGGUGGCCAAUGACGUGAUGCUGGAUACCGGCGUGGGCGUUGUGCGCAUGUGGGCCGACGAGAGCAGCAGACUCAGCCGUUUCCGCAUGCUCUUCACCUCAUUUGUAGAUCCUCCAUGCUCCAGCAGCACCUUUUUCUGUCACAGCAACAUGUGCAUCAACAACUCACUGGUGUGCAACGGCGUUCAGAACUGCGUUUACCCCUGGGAUGAGAACCACUGCAAGGAGAGAAAGUCCAAGGGACUCUUUCACCAAAUCACAAAAACGCACGGCACGGUAAUCGGCAUCUCUGCUGGUGUGGUUCUGGUCUUGCUCAUCAUCUCCAUCCUGGUGCAAAUGAAACAACCUCGUAAGAAAGUAGUGGCCCGUCGUCCGGCAGUCUUCAACAAAGGCGGCUUCCAGGAGGUCUUUGAUCCCCCCAACUAUGAGCUGUUUUCCCUCCGGGACAAGGAGCUUUCGUCAGACCUGGCCGAGCUGUCAGAUGAGCUGGACGGCUACCAUAAGCUGCGGCGUGCCUCCACCAUGUCUCGAUGCAUCCACGAGCACCACUGUGGCACCCAGGCCUCCUCAGGCGGCAGCACAAAGCAGAGCCGCACCACGCUCAGCUCAAUGGAGCUCUCUUACCACAACGAUUUCUCCAAGCCACCGCCCAUGAAGACCUUUAAUAGCAGCAACACCGGCACCUACAAGAAGAGCUGCUACGGCUACAAACAGACUCACGACUGCGCCGAGCAGGUGAUCGAGGACCGCGUGAUGGAGGAGAUCCCCUGUGAAAUCUAUGUGAGGGGUGGGAGCGUAGGAGGGGCUGCGGGCAGUGUUGGAAGCGGCUGCGGGAGCAUUACCAUCCGAAACCAUGGCAGUGCUCGUAGCAACAACACCACCACCGUGGUGGACCCGGGACAGCGCUCCAUAUCCAUGGACUUCUGAGAUGGCGAAGAAAGACGAGGGAGAACGAGAGUCCUGACCACAACUGGCUUUGUCCUGCAUUGCUGUUUUUAAUGCAUGGGCUCCAGUGUCAUAUAGACAAGCACGGAUUGCACUGAGUGAACGGACUGUACACGGACAGGCAGAGAAGACCACGUGUGGCUGGCUAUUUUAAUCUAUGUAAAUUUUAAAUGAAAGAUAAACAGUAUGUAGGUUUUGUGUUGUUGCUUGGCAUUAACUCACGUUUUGCAUCAUUUGACUCUGUGGAUAACUCGAAUUAUGCUCAAAUAAAGAUGACCUAUUAUGAACUGAAGCCAAAACCAUCCCCUGCUGUAACCUUAAACGCUGUUCACACCGAGGAUGAUAACUAUAAAGUUUUAAUAAUAGUUCUAAUUCUAUGAGAAUAGUGAAGUCCACACCA